UUCAUCCUCCCUCUUCCUCACCAAGUCCUAUUUUUUUUCUAUGGAUGGAAAUAUACCACGGUGUGUUUAAAAAAAAGGGGGGGGGGGACAUUCCCAUAAAUGUGACGUUCACAGAUGACUUUGGAAGGACAAUAAAGCAGAGUCGGAGGAGGGGGCGGGGGGGCUGUUCCGUAAUAACGCUUCAAAUGAUUCGUUUUUAAUGUUUAUGACAACCAUUAUGGUCAUUGCUUAGUUUGAAAGCUCACCGUAGACGCCUUUAUUGUGUUGGAAGGCGUUUAAAGGGGGCUAACGGGAAAGCGGGUUGGCUGCGAUUGGAACCGUCGCAGCGUUCAUCCUCGCGUGCGUAAACAAGUCACAUAUUGCAGGUUAAUAUGUUGAUUUUUGUGUCCGAAUAUGAGUGCACACGUACGUCAAAACUGCUGUCGUGGUGCGUUCACGGCCUCAAAGUGUCACGAAUGAUUAAAUCGGUGCUUUUAUUUUUUUUAGUGCUGCUCAUCCUCGUAUAUUUUAUGCGUAGUGUAUAGGAAAAAAAUGAAGGAUUCAAUGAAAAAGUCUUAAUAGCACUUUUAGGGUAUGUUGUGUGUGCGUGCGCGCGCGCUUGGGCGCGUGCGUCGUGGGGGGCGUUCUCGCCUGACAUCCUCAAACAAUACGAGAAAGAGGAGUGCACGAAUCCGCGCGCCCUAAGCUUGCGGUUCUUCCCUGUAAUAGUGAGUCGGCCAUUCUUAAAAAACACAGUUUUUUUUUCCUCCACCCCCCCCCCCACCACCCCGGGUGGGGUUUUUUUCUCUUAGUGGUGCGCAGUCGGGAGGAUUAAGAUGUAAAUAAACGUGGCACAGCUGAGCGGCAGCAGCAGAAGACUUUUUUUGGGGUGGGGGGGGGAUCAAUCAGGCAGUCAGGGGCUUCUUUUGAUUAAAGCCCAAAUUGUCAUUGGGCAGAGGUAAUCAUGUGACAGGCAACUCGGUCCAAUUUCAACCUUGUCUCCAUGAAUUCAAUAGUUUGCUAGUAGCUCGGUCCCCACACGGCCGUAAUCACAGAAAUAGGAAGAGGAAGCCAUCACGGUACAUUUUUUUUUUGAAUGAUUUUCGUCUGCGCUUUGGCCAUUGAGUUUGUCGACAGUAACGCGUGCAAACUUUCCUGGGCUCGCAGGGAGAGGAGAUGAAUUACGAAUUCGAGCGAGAGAGCGGAUUUAUCAAUAGUCAGCCGUCGCUUGCUGAGUGCCUGACAUCUUUCCCCCCUGUCGCUGAUUCAUUUCAAAGUUCAUCAAUCAAGAGCUCGACACUGAUUCCUCCUCCCUUCGAGCAGACCAUCCCCAGCCUCAAUCCGGGCAGCCAUCCGCGCCACGGCCGUCCGAGACACAGCCCCGACGGAUGCAGCCCGCUGCCCACCGCCUCUCUGCCCCCGGAGUACCCGUGGAUGCGGGAGAAGAAAGCCUCCAAGCGGAACCACCUGCCCACGUCCACCGCUACCGCUUUAUCCACUAAUGGGCCCGUGUGCUUCUCUCCAAAAGGCUCGCCCGAGGUCGCGGAAGGCGGAGGGAUAAGCGGCGGCUCCCGCCGGCUCAGGACGGCCUACACCAACACCCAGCUGCUGGAGCUGGAAAAGGAAUUCCACUUCAACAAGUAUCUGUGCCGACCCAGGAGGGUGGAAAUCGCGGCCCUGCUCGACCUGACCGAGCGGCAGGUCAAAGUGUGGUUCCAGAACCGGCGCAUGAAGCACAAGCGUCAGACGCAAAGCAAGGAGAACCACAACGGCGAGUCGGGCAAGGGUCCCGGCGGCGGGGAAGACGGAAUGCACAGCGACGAUGACGACGAGGGGCCCCCGUACGAGCAAAGCGGGGCCCUGCUGGAGAGAGACACUUUCUCCUUUCACAACAACAAUCUGGAAUCCGCGCAGCAAGUCCACAAUAGCAACUCGGUGAGCUUUGCUGCUGCGUCGCUGAACAGCAAUGAGAAAAAUCUGAAACAUUUUCCCAACCCGUCACCCACUGUUCCGGGCUGCGUGUCAACAAUGGGCCCCGGCUCGGCAUCCGUGCCGGACAAUGGCGACAGUCCCCCAAGCCUCGAGGUUUCUAUACACGAUUUCCAAGCUUUCUCGUCGGAUUCCUGCCUGCAGCUUUCCGACGCUGCCUCGCCGAGCUUGUCGGAAUCCCUGGACAGUCCCGUGGACAUUUCUGCAGAUACUUUCUAUUUUUUCUCGGAAUCUCUGACUACAAUCGACCUGCAGAAUCUCAACUAUUAACGCAAAUCAAUCACGACUGGUUCUUGUUCUUUUCGGGCUUAACUCACGUCGGUGUAUAUUCGGCACGGUAAGAGGUUAAGAGGACAGUAACUAUCGUAACGAUUUUUUUGGGGGGGGAGGGGUGAAAAUUAUUAUGGGUGUGUGUGGAAAUUCUACAAUAUCCCGCCUGGAUGAAGCGUGGUCGUUUUUAUUUUUGUAUAGCUUCCAAUGUCUUGACUAUUUUUGUUAGAAUACAAUUAACUUGCUACAA